AUGGCUCAGUCGGACGAUGUAUUCGAUGUCCGCAAGUGGAUGAAUACGCGCUCGCGACUCACAGAUCCUGUGCCGGUCACGCAACCGAAGCAGCUGACGGUUUGGACCAAGACAUCAAAGCGAGACCAAGGCGGCCGCUUCUUGUUCGGCGACACGUCAGGCCUGUUGACGUUCCAGCAGCCGCAGCUGCCUGCUGACUUGAACGCCGGUUUUCCUGAUAAAUACAUAGCAAAGGAGGAGGGCGAGGCAUCCCCUGUAGACACCAUUGUUCAAGCAGCAAGCAUCGCAGGCGUUGACUGGGGGCCCGUUAACGUGGUGACAUACCGCAACAACCUCAACAAAGUACUGCUGACACCCCUGGGCGGUCGCGACGCGUGGACGAUCGACGCCUGCCUACUGGGGGGCACGCUCUUCCUAGACAUCGUCAAGGCGGGGCAAGACAACAAGACCUGGCCGGACCAGGACCGCAUGUGCUACUACGGCUACAAAUUUGAGGCGCUCUGCACUGGUGACCUGGAGGAGGUGGAUGCGACCAGCGAAUUUGCAACCGUGGUGCGCUACAAGCUGGGCCGCCACCGCGUUGUCAUGGCGGCAGAGAUCGACGCGGCUGCGGCACCAACAGGCGGUGCCGGGGCACCGGGGCAGCAGCAGCAGCAGCAGCAGCAGGAACAGCGACCGCAGUACGUUGAGUUGAAGUGCUACAAGAUCCCGGGGCAUCCGCGGGCGGAGGCAAACAUCUACAGCCAGAAGCACCCAAGAUGGUGGGUGCAGUCGUUCCUGGCCGGCGUGCAGCAGCUCGCCCUCGGCGCCCGCGACGACAAAGGCACGCUGGUGCGGGUCCACACGGUCGCGGUGCAGGAGCUGCCAGAGCUGUCCGCCCGCGCCACGCAGCCCUGGGACGCGAACAUGCUGCUGCGCUUCGGGGACGAGUGCCUUUCGUGGAUGCGGGAGCGCGCGGCGCGCGCGGGCGAGGGGGCGCAGCUGCGGUUCGAGCAUGACCCUGCGCGGCGCGUGGUGGCGUGCCGGGAGGCGCCGGGCGGGGCGAUGGCGGCGCGGCUGCGGCGGCUCUUGCCGUUCGCGGGGGCUGCAGAGAACGUGGCGGGCGGCGGGGCCGAGGUGGAGGUUGCAGGCAGCAAAGGGGAGCCGCAGCAGCAGGAGGCCGGCACUUGA